AUGGCCGGCGACCGCGAGCCCGACUCGGAUGGCCGGGGCUCGGUCAAGCACAUUGGCAACAAGCUCAAGAGGCAGGAGGUCUACCGCAAGUUCAAGGCCGAAAAGAAAAAGGAGAAGCUCAACAGGCGGCUCCAGUUCAAGAAGGAGGAAAAGGGCCCGGACGGCCACCUCAAGAAAAAGGCCCGCCUCGAGGCCAACAAGCCCAGGACCAUCGAAAACACCCGCGACUACAACCCGACCAUCAUCAAUGCGCCAAACACCCACGAGGGACCCGGGCCCUCGCAGCCGUCGACCAGCGCCAAGCCAGACGCGGGCGAAGACGGCGUGGAGGCAGACGAGCAGCCGCAGCAGGAGGCACUGCCGGAGGAGGACAACGACGAGGAUCCGCACGCACCCCCCGCCAUCCUCAUCACCACCUCUAUGCCCUCCAACUCGCUCACGCCUCACCUCGAGUCCCUAAACGCACGGGCGCAGCCGGCAGAGAGGACGCGCGACUUUGUCAAGGAGCUGCUCAACGUCUUCCCGGGCUCCGAAUACCGGCCUAGGAACAAGGCCAAGGGCGUCGGGCUCGGCAAGAUCUGCGGCUGGGCCAGGGACCGGCGCUACGACGCCGUCAUGGUCGUCGGCGAGAACCGAAAGGAGCCCUUUGCCCUGACAAUAGUGGCGCUGCCAAACGGCCCGACUGCCUUUUUCCGCCUCACGUCGAUCGCCAUGGGCAAGGAGAUCUACGGCCACGCCAGGCCGACGCCGCACACGCCCGAGCUGAUCCUCAACAACUUUACCACGGUGCUCGGUCACCGCGUCGGCGGCGUGCUGCAGGGCCUCUUCCCAAAGAUCCCGCAGCUCGAGGGGCGGCAGGUCGUCACCUGCCACAACCAGCGAGACUAUGUCUUCUUCCGGCGCCACCGCUACAUGUUCAAGAGCGAGAACAAGACUGCGCUGCAGGAGAUCGGACCGCGGUUCACGCUCAAGCUGCACAGCCUCAAAGACUCGCUGCCAAAGGGUGCCGGCGUCUGGGACGGCAAGUACAAGGGCGAGUUUGCCGAGAUUGAGCCGGACGAGGACGACGACCAGGGAGAGGGCGGCGACGACGACGAGGCGGAGCUGGCCCCUGCCGGAGGCGACGCUGCCGACGAGGCAGAUGCCAUGGCCGAGAUGGACGGCGAGGCGGGCGGCAGUGCCCCCAGCAAGGGCAAGGCGGCCAAGAAGGCCAAGGUCAACGAAGCGUCCAAGAAGCGGCAGCGCGAGCGGGGCGCCGAAGACGUCGUCACCACCGAAUACCAGUGGAAGCCCAAGAUGAGCGUGUCCCGACGCAACUUCUACCUCUAG